CAAGUUCAGAUUCUGGGUCCUAAAUAUCCACAAAAUCAGAUACUCGUUUCCCACAAACUACCCGAAGUACUCACAGGAUAACACAAGCAAGUAGGCUGAUCCCAAGUACUUCCAUUAAUUCAACUAUUGACCAUUAACUAGAAAAUUCUAAAAUCCCAUAUCUGAUUUUUUCUGGUAAAACUGAGCUUCAAAGCAUGGCGGCUUUUACAUCAUUUGCUCCACAGUACUCAUCUACAUCAUCUUUACAAUCCUUGGUACCUUCUUUAGAAGGUACUCGUGAUCAUAAUUCAUGGUGGGUGAGAGUUAGAUCAUACAAAUCCACAGGUCAAAGAUUACACCCACAGAAUAUUGCAAGAGGGCUAACAAUCCAAGGUGCAGCCACAAAACCAGCAAAGUCGCCAGCUGAAGAAGAGUGGAAGGUUAAGCGAGAAUAUCUGCUGGAAAAAAGGGUAAGGAGUGUGGAAGCAAAGGAAGCUCUGCGCCUUCAGAAAGAAAAUAAUUUUGUGAUUCUGGAUGUAAGGCCAGAAGCAGAGUUCAAAGAGGCUCAUCCUCCAGGUGCUAUCAAUGUGCAAAUAUAUAGGCUUAUAAAAGAGUGGACAGCAUGGGACAUUGCCAGACGGGCUGCAUUUGCAUUUUUUGGUAUUUUUGCUGGUACAGAAGAGAACCCCGAAUUCAUCCCGGCUGUUGAAGCAAAAUUAGAUAAAAAUGCAAAAAUAAUAGUAGCUUGCUCAUCAGGGGGUACAAUGAAACCAUCACAAAAUCUGCCAGAAGGUCAACAAUCAAGGUCUCUCAUAGCAGCUUACUUGCUGGUCCUUAACGGUUUUACCAAUGUCUUCCAUCUAGAAGGCGGUCUUUACACAUGGUUUAAAGAGGAUCUACCAAGUGUUUCAGAGGAGUGAAUCGAGUGCCAUGAAUGUGCACGUAGGAAGUCUAGAACUAUUUGUCCAUAAUGAGAAUGAUGAUUAAUGCAUAUGAAGAAUAGAACUGAUGAAUAUAAAUGUCAUCAUUGAACUAGUGCAGAAAAUUAGUAUGCAAGGAUUGACAGUAAAAAUGUGAAGUUAUAUUCUUUAAAGA